GCAACAACAAAAACAGCAGCAACAGCAUCAGCAGCAACAACAACAACAGCACCAAGAACAGCAACAACUGACAAACGACUUCGAUAAACUAAAAGUGAUGGUGACCAGAUUGAACCUUGAUGUGAAGGGCGCGUUGGCGGCGAACUUUCGCGUGUGUGGCGCUGCACAUCGACAUCCGCUGUCGUUCGACGGCGUGACGUCAGAUGGAAAGAUCCACAUGGACCAGAUUCUAUCAACGCUCCGACAUGAGCUAAUAGAGAUGCGCAUGCAGGAUCAAACCAUCGCGAGGCAGCUCAUCGACAUUCGGCAGGAAAUUCAGCGACUUCGCCUUCAAAAGACAGCGGCCGAGUACGAGGACAUGUUGGCUGACGUCACACUGGACAUGGCGGAAGUGAACGAGACUAAGGAUGACCUGUGUGACCUUCCCGUUCGAAUGCGUCACCGGCGGACGCCUCUCAGUCAAAUUGGUAUCACGCGGAUGAAUAUUGAUAGCAGACGAUUUUCUAUGUGCUGAUCACCGAUAUCGAUUUACCUUUUGUCACGUUCAACGGAACCAUGUUUUAGGGGUCUUUUGCAUAAGUAUGUUUUGCAUGCAUAACACUAGAUGUAUAUAGAGUUGAUAUGUGACAUCGAAUGGCAUUCUACGAAAAUCUACCCGAAGUUUUCCUAUAGUUUUGAUAUUCUUUAGGUAGUUCGUGUAUUUUUUAUUGUGUAUUCUUGUGUGAAGAAGGGUCGGGGUUGUUAGAUGUUAUUACGAUAAACGAUGUCACAUGCUUCUUACCAGCAGUUUCUCCAGCAAUUCACCAAAUAAACAUUUUCUUA